AUGGAAAAUGAUAGCAAGAGGAAGAUGAAGGAGAGAUUUGGCCUGAGGCAGGACAUCUUUAAGGAAUUCCUGGCGGAAUUUCUGGGAAUAUUUGUCCUGAUACUCUUUGGAUGUGGUUCAGUGGCCCAGACGGUGCUGAGUAAAGGGGCUCUCGGGGAGCCCUUAACCAUCCACAUCGGUUUCACUCUGGGCGUCAUGAUGGCCGUCUACAUGGCAGGGGGAGUGUCAGGAGCCCACGUGAACCCUGCAGUCUCUCUGGCCAUGGUGAUCCUGGGGAAGCUUCCUCUGAAGAAGUUCCCUGUGUAUGUGUUGGCACAAUUCCUGGGGGCUUUUGCUGGAUCCUGUGCUGUAUAUGGGUUGUAUUAUGAUGCUUUGAUGGAAUAUACCAAUGGAGAAUUUGCUGUUACCGGUGCAAAUGCCACGGCCAACAUAUUUGCAUCUUAUCCUGCAAAACAUCUCUCAGUCCUAAAUGGGUUUGUUGAUCAGGUAAUUGCAACUGCUGCGCUGAUCCUAUGCAUCCUGGCCAUCACUGACAGGAAGAAUAUGGGUGCUCCAAAAGGCAUGGAGCCUCUGUGCAUCGGCCUGAUCAUCAUGGCCAUCGGGGUGUCCAUGGGUCUGAACUGCGGCUAUCCAAUCAACCCGGCACGAGACCUCGGCCCGCGGUUCUUCACGGCUGUGGCCGGGUGGGGGAUGGAUGUAUUCAGAGCUGGAGGUUGCUGGUGGUGGAUCCCAGUGGCAGGGCCCAUGGUGGGCGGAGCAGUAGGAGCGGGUGUUUACUUCCUGUUUAUUGAGUUGCACCACCCCGAGCCUGAAAAACAGGAUGACAACAACGUCCAGGACAAAUAUGAAAUUAUAACUAUGAGUUAAAAUUUAGAACAAGGGUUGCAGAGCAACAACGCAACUGAUUUUCACCCUCAGAAGGCAAAAAUGUUUAUCUAGAUGGAACGGUUUUAUACAUUUGUACCAUAAACAGUCUGAGUUUUUACAAUAAAUUCACAGUUAAUGGUUUAAUACAAAACACGCAUCUGACUACGCAAUUUCAUAGUCAUUUAUAAAAUAUGCAUUCAUGUUUUAUGAAGCCUUUAAAGUCUCCUUUUGUAGAAAAUCUGGCCUGAAAUAACAACCUACUAUUGAGAGUUUCAAAUAUUUGCCAAGUUUCUGUACAGCAUUUUUAUUUUUAAUACUGUCUACCUAACAAAAAGGGGCAUUAAAUAUAUGUAGCACUUAGGAACCAGUUGAUUUAAAGUGGAAACGUAGUAAUUUAUAUUUCUAUAUAUUUAUGUCUUACAGUAAUGAUGUGUUUGAUGGAGUGACUUGCUUAUUCUGUUUCACUUUAUCCUAUGUUUAAAACAAAAAAGUGUGAUCGAUUGUUUUAUCUUGCUUACAGCGUUGUGGUUUUCAUAACACGUUUAUGUAGAAAAUCCAGCCUUAAAUGAUUCUAUUGGCGUUGCUUUCUUUUUCACUUAUCUCCAUAAUUUUGCGACACACAAACUUUCGUUAUUUUGCUGGAUGACAGAUUUACAGACUCCCUUGAUAUUGAAAAGCCAUAACUUAACAUGAGACAUGUAAAUGUUUAUUCUGUCUCCAGGAGAAGCUUUUGAAAAUGUCACUGGAACCCUUUAUGGAUGGUGUCAGGUCACAUGCUUUAUCAGGGGCAAUAUGCAAACACUGACUGUAACUGUUUACAUUAAAAACUCAUCUGAGCUGAGGUUAAAGCUCAGAAGACAACAAAGUAAUGCAAAAGGAUGCUGCUCGGACAUGUAAAAUGGACUUUAUUAAUUGUGUUUUUAUGAUUCAUGAUGCUUUGUAUCCUGUGAGCACAGACAUGUGGAUUUGCAAAGACAAACCCAAUGUUGACAGGCCAUGUUUUAAAAUAAUACUAACCCAGACUGGAAGACAACAGGAUGCUGUGUGGAAAUAUGAGUUGAACAUGCGUUUGUACAUACACUAAUUGUGAACUCAAUUGUACUGCACUGAAUGUCCUUUUACAACACAAGACACUUGUUUGGCAGCGUGACAAUCACUUAAAUUUCAUUUGUUUGUUUUAAUUUUGUGAGACAGAAAAAAUGUGAAGAAAGUCAGAGACAAACAUCAAAGAGUGAUUUUUCUGUGAGGUGGAUUAAAUCAUUUAGUCCUGCUUUCACCUGAACCAUUAACACUCAUGAAGGUGCCCAUUAUACUUCAAACCCUGUAUGUGGCCUAUGUUUGAAUCAGAAUAAUUACAGUAUGCAUGUUUGAAAAGCUGUUGAAGGUGUUUGUUUCGCUGAAUCUAUUCAGCUGUGCAGUGAAAUUGAGCAUAUGUUUCUCUCCCUGUCGCACACUUUGAUGUCAGUGCUUCAACAAUUUAAUCUUUUAAUCUGUUUUGUUGUUGUUGUUGCUUCUAAGCUUUUUCUAAGGUAGUUUCGUAAAAUCUAAACUACCUUAGGCUAAAUCAGCUGUUUUUUCUUAUUCAGUGUAUCUUGAUGUUGAAUAAAGUUUA